AUGAAUAACGCAGCAGAAAUCCUAAAAUCAGUCCAGAUUGGUUUGGAUGUCGCCAUAUUUCUUCUCAACACUGAUCGUGGCCUACAAGCGACCGAGUUAUGUAAUGAAUGUUUAUUUCUACUUCACAAACUUGACUCUGGUAUUAACCUUGAUCAUGAUAUCUCUGAUGUAUUAUUCAAUGUGUUCUACGCCACCUCUGGUUACACAAAUGCAACACGAUACACCACAAAACUUAUUGACAAGUUUGUCCUCGCUGGAGAACUAACCAUACAACUGGGAGACAAAUACAAGGCAAAAUGUUGGUUUGCAGAGGCAAAGCAACUUUGUAAAAGCGCUCUUACCAUCAUGAAAACGAUUGGCCACCGUAGAGAAGAGGCGGUGGCUUACGCGAGACUUGGAUCUCUUUGUUUAAUCCUCAGCGAGUAUCUAAAGGCGAAAGAAUAUUGUGAGAAAGCAAUUGCCAUCGCGAUAGAAAUCGGCGACAGAAAUGGAGAAGGAACAACAUACGGGAACCUCGGAGCUGUGUUUCAAUCCCUUGGCGAAUAUCAGAAGGCCAAAGAAUAUUACGAGAAAGCAAUUGCCAUCGCGAUAGAAAUCGGCGACAGAAAUGGAGAAGGAAGAACAUACGGGAACCUCGGAGUUGUGUUUCAAUCCCUUGGCGAAUAUCAGAAGGCCAAAGAAUAUUACGAGAAAGCAAUUGCCAUCGCGAUAGAAAUCGGCGACAGAAAUGGAGAAGGAAGAACAUACGGGAACCUCGGAGGUGUGUUUCAAUCCCUUGGCGAAUAUCAGAAGGCCAAAGAAUAUUACGAGAAAGCAAUUGCCAUCGCGAUAGAAAUCGGCGACAGAAAUGGAGAAGGAACAACAUACGGGAACCUCGGAGUUGUGUUUCAAUCCCUUGGCGAAUAUCAGAAGGCCAAAGAAUAUUACGAGAAAGCAAUUGCCAUCGCGAUAGAAAUCGGCGACAGAAAUGGAGAAGGAACAACAUACGGGAACCUCGGAGCUGUGUUUCAAUCCCUUGGCGAAUAUCAGAAGGCCAAAGAAUAUUACGAGAAAGCAAUUGCCAUCGCGAUAGAAAUCGGCGACAGAAAUGGAGAAGGAACAACAUACGGGAACCUCGGAGUUGUGUUUCAAUCCCUUGGCGAAUAUCAGAAGGCCAAAGAAUAUUACGAGAAAGCAAUUGCCAUCGCGAUAGAAAUCGGCGACAGAAAUGGAGAAGGAACAACAUACGGGAACCUCGGAGGUGUGUUUCAAUCCCUUGGCGAAUAUCAGAAGGCCAAAGAAUAUUACGAGAAAGCAAUUGCCAUCGCGAGAAAUCGUGGAAUUGGAGACAUAAUGACUGAGUUUAGAAGCCUUCUCAGCAUCACACAGUUAAAGGUAUCGCAAUCACAGGUUGUGGAGGCAAAGGAACAUCUCCUUCAAUGUAUUGGAAAAUAUGAACAAUUGAGGAGUUUUCUUAAAGGAAACAAAGAGUUUGAAAUAUCUCUGUUAGAAGAGCACGGUAGUUUUCCUUAUCACUUGCUCACUACUUUGCUUUGCAAUACUGGCAAAUUUCAAGACGCUCUUUAUGUCGAGGAGCUGGGACGAGCGAGAGUCCUCGUAGAAUGCAUGGCAGAGAAGUUCUCCGUUGAAAGCCACAUCUCGGCUGAUCCAAAAUUAUGGUUCGGGAUUGAAAACAUCGUGAAAAAAGAGAGUAACUGUGUCUUUUUGUACAUUUCGUAUCGUGAGCGGCAAGUUUGUCUCUGGGUUUUGAAAGCAAAUGGAGACAUUUCCUUUCGAGUCACCGACGAAGUGAAAGACAGCACUCUCAUUCCUGAGAAUGUUUGCAACGUGGAGGGAAUUUUCAAAAAGAGCGCCGCCAGCUUUGGCGUUUUAUUCACAGCGAAUUGCGAAGAUCGAUCUUUGGAUGGCAACGUAACGACAUCUCUUUUUGAAGAGAGCCGAGCAACUUUGCGCGGUGACGAAAGCAAAGAAACCGAAAGAAUUCAUCAUUUGUGUUACAAAUGGAUCAUCGCUCCUGUGGUAGAUUUACUUACAGAGCCUGAAAUCAUCAUUGUGCCGGAUCGUUUCUCCUAUCGAGUCCCAUUUGCUGCCUUGCGUGAUGAAUCAGCCGGAAAGUAUCUAUCAGAGACUUACAGAAUCCGUAUCGUCCCUUCUCUGACGACCCUCCAGCUCAUUCAUGAUUGUCCAGCGGAUUAUCACAGUGAAACUGGUGCACUUGUAGUGGGUGAUCCUACGGUUGGCCAGGUGUAUUACGAUGGACGUGUCACUAACUUUGUAUCAUUGUUCUGUGCUAGAAAGGAAGCAGAGAUGGUUGGUCGACUGCUGGGAGUUCAGCCUUUGUUAGGAGAGUCUGCAACUAAGCAGGCAGUGCUUCAAGCGAUACCUUCAGUGAGUCUCAUACAUGUUGCCGCGCAUGGAAAUGCCGAAAGAGGAGAGAUUGCCCUGUCGCCUAAAUGUCCUAAAUGUAUCACCAACAGUUUUCCACAAGAAGAAGACUACCUCUUGACAAUGUCCGACAUUUUCGGAGUUCAAGUGCGAGCAAAACUGGUUGUAUUGAGCUGUUGUCACAGUGCGCGUGGAUUGGUCAAAGCCGAAGGAGUUCUUGGAAUCGCUCGUGCAUUCUUAGCAUCCGGUGCACGUUCAGUGUUGGUAGCAUCGUGGGCCAUAGAAGACGAAGCAACGGAGCAGCUCAUGAAUCAUUUCUACAAACACCUUGUACGUGGAGAAAGUGCCAGUGAAUCUCUUCAUCAGGCCGUAAAAUGGUUGAGAAGCAACGGCUUUCCCAAACCUAAUCAAUGGGCUCCAUUUGUGCUGAUGGGAGACGACGUGACGUUGGAUUUUACAUACAUCGGGAAAGAGGAACACAAGGAGGACAACAAUGAAGCAGGGAAGAAACAGAGUAACAACUGAUCCUGCACAAAGAUUAUCUUUCCUGCACAUUGUUUUUGAAUGGACACUGGUAUUAGUUUGAGCAGAAAUUUUUCAUUUUAUUGUAGAUAAAUGGUUAUUUUUGAAUGCUCUUUCAAAUAAGGCUGAAUCAAAAGCUAGUGACACUGAAAGCUGCAUUUCAGCCCUCAGACCUAUUAAGGGGACUAAAAUGAAUCAGGAUGAAAAAAUUGAAAGCAUGAAAUUAACUAAAUGUUUAUUAAUAUGAGAAUUUUGGUAAAGUUUCCUUUGGAUCAUAAUCGGGAAACUCUAAAACUAAACACUAACUUGUUUUGUGAGUUAUGUAAAAAACAGAAGAAAAGGAGAACAAGCAUUGCACAAAAUACUACUGCAAAAGUCAAACAGAUGAGUGAAAACAAUUCCUAAGAUAUCAAUGAAACAAUCUCCCAGAAUUCAGAGCAGAAAGAUAACUGAUAUUAUUGAAAAGAUAGUUGGAAUACCUGAAGGAAAACAAAAUCACAAACCAGGAAUGCAUGGCUUUGUUGUGUACGAUGUUGUACAAGUGGCAGUUUUCUAUGCAUUUUUUCCCUCUACCUUAGGGGGUUGGGUGGGGAGGUCAGUAUUGUCAUAUUUUUGUCUUUUAGAACUUUCAGGAAAAGGUAAAUGCUAAAGAAGUUGUUGAUAUGAUGUUUUAAAAUGGUUCAUCAAAAGGAUCUGUUAGGAAUAAUAUAAUUAGUGAUGAGAUUUUGUAACUGAUGGCAGACUUUUGUUCCUAAUGGUCAGUGGCUCCUAAAAACUUAUUGAUUCUUAGGAGGCCUACUUAUUCUUUGGCCAACUUGAAGGCUUUUGUUCCUGUGGUCGCUUUACAUUUUUCUCUUAUUUGAAGUACUUUUGCAUUUUUUAUUUUUCUCUGAUUUUUCAGUUUUGUUAAUUAAGUGAAAUUUAUUAUUUUUCUAAGAUAAGAGUAAAUAAAUAAAACUGAGA